AUGCCCAACGAUGUCGACAAAUCGCUCCUCGAUCGUCUUCAGGCCUUGAGGGGUGGAAGCGCAACGCCCGAGAAACCCGCAGCAACACACAUAAACGUUGAUUUAAUCGAGAGGAGGAAAACUCCCACUCGCGAGGAUGCCCUUGCUGCACGACUAAAGUCCUUGCGGAGCCAAGACGAAGCCUCACCAUCAGCACCCAAGACCUCGCCCCAGGUAUCGCGUCCAGCGGCUGAGCUAUCACCAAGCCCCAGCCCUAUUGUUAAAAAGGCUCCAAAAGAGGAGCCCCGCAAACUGGAAGAUGAGGAUGUCGAUGCCAUGUUUCAGACAGAUGACCAAACGUUGGAAGAGCUCCUGGGCGAUGUAAAGCCUGGGGAAGGCUUUCAAGUCGAGCCAGAUGAUGAACAAGUCAAGGCUUUAUUGGAAGAACUUGCAAGCUCGAUACCACAGGACACAGGGGAUGAGGUCAAAGACACUUCCAAAGACAAGGAUGAUUCUGAUGACUCUGAUGGUGAGAUCAUGAACAAGGAGGUCGACGAUGUCAUCGCCCGUUUCCGCGACGAGGUGGAACUCGAAGCUGCCCUCAACAAGGACAAGACCCCAGAGCCAGAGUCUGAGUCCGAAGACGAGGGGCAAGAAACAGACACAACCCCUAAGGACGCUGACCUCACCCUCCCCGACCUCCCUUCAAACCUCGACACCCUUCCAACCGCGCCUUCAUCGUCAGCCCGUGCCGGCAGUGCAGACAUCGACGACAUCACCGCCCGUCUCGCCGCCCUUCGUGCUCCCUCCCCAUCAGCUUCAGACUCCCUCUCCCUCCCCUCAGUCCCCACAUCCAAGCCUUCAGGCAAGCCCAUCAACCGCCUCACAACGCGCACAAACUACACCGACGACGACAUGGACAGUUGGUGCACCGUAUGCCUCGAAGAUGCCACGCUACGCUGCCCAGGCUGCGACGACGAUGUCUACUGCACCCGGUGCUGGCGGGAGAUGCACAUUGGACCCAACGCUGGGUUUGACGAGCGUAGUCACAAGGCCGUGCAGUUCAUAAAGGACAGGAAGAAGAAGGAGAAGAGAAAGGUUGCACUCGGGGCAUAG